AUGUCGGACACCGAGGAGCAGGAAUAUGAGGAGGAGCAGCCAGAAGAGGAGGCUGCGGAGGAGGAGGAAGCCCCCGAAGAGCCGGAGCUGGUGGCAGAGUCAGAAGAGGAGCGCCCCCAGCCGCCUGUGGUGCCUCCUUUGAUCCCGCCAAAGAUCCCAGAAGGGGAGCGUGUUGACUUUAUGUAAGACAUCCACCGCAAGCGCAUGGAGAAAGACUGGCUGGAGCUGCAGACCCUCAUCGACGUGCAUUGGAGGAAGAAGGAGGAAGAGGAGCUGAUUGCCUUGAAAGAGUCCCAGGAGCGGCGCCGGUCGGAGAGAGCCGAGCAACAGCGCUUCAGAACUGAGAAGGAACGCGAACGUCAGGCUAAGCUGGCGGAGGAGAAGAUGAGGAAGGAAGAGGAAGAGGCCAAGAAGCGGGCAGAGGAUGAUGCCAAGAAAAAGAAGGUGCUGUCCAACAUGGGGGCCCAUUUCGGCGGCUACCUGGUCAAGGCAGAACAGAAGCGUGGUAAGCGGCAGACAGGGCGGGAGAUGAAGCUGCGCAUCCUGUCUGAGCGCAAGAAGCCUCUGGACAUCGACUACAUGGGGGAGGAACAGCUCCGGGAGAAAGCCCAGGAGCUGUCAAACUGGAUCCACCAGCUGGAGUCUGAGAAGUUCGACCUGAUGGCGAAGCUGAAACAACAGAAAUAUGAGAUCAACGUGCUGUACAACCGCAUCAGCCAUGCCCAGAAGUUCCGGAAGGGGGCAGGGAAGGGCCGCGUUGGAGGCCGCUGGAAGUGAGAACGCCGCCCCGGACAGUGGCCUGCUCUUACCCACCCGGGAAGCCUGGGAGUGUUAGUCCCUUCGGUAGCUUGAAAUAAACGCUUCCCUCAGACACCU